ACCUUACUUGCUCUUGCUCGGCCUUCGGGGGACGCUCGCAUCUUUUGCUAUCUUUUUACAUUCUAGCAUCACCACGCGGUAUGGUCAGUACUUGGAACGAGAGCAAGCGAUGACCAUAUUCAAUUGGCACGAGACAUGCCGGAAACCUGAUGUCGAAUUCGGUGCAGGCCUGGGUGUGCCGACAUGUAGCAGCUGUGGAUGCAUUGCUACAUUGGAAGGCAUUGCGGAGGCUCAACACCACGAUGCGCCAUUAGUACCGGCUCCGACGACAAGAUUUGAGCUAAGGUGGCCACUUUCAUUACCUUUUGUGGAUGAUCCAUCAGUCUCUGAUUUGCCGGAAAAAACGACAGCGGAACCGAAAACAUCCUCGUCGGAAGAUGUGCGCGGAAAUGUCACGUCACAUGUUGGCCAGCCCACCACAAGCAACCAAGAGCCUGCGGCAGACUCUUCUACUCAGGUUGAGGCGCCAUAUGAGCCUUUAUUCGCACGAAAAAUCCGGCUUCUGAAGUUGCUAAAAGGCAAUUACAAUGACCCAGUCAGAGUCGAGCUUCAAGUCGCAGAUUUGACCAUUAAACCGGAGUACGAAGCUCUAUCAUAUACAUGGGCAGACGAAAACAAGGACUCUUCAAGGUGCGAGAAGGUUUAUAUUGGGGAGCGAUGGGAUAUCCUGCUGGUCACCAAGAACUGCUUCAAUGCUCUUCGCCGUUUACGAUACUCUUACCGCAGCAGAAGACUUUGGGUCGACGCCGUUUGCAUAAACCAAAACGAUGUGGGCGAAAGGUCCCAUCAAGUGGGAAUGAUGCAAAGCAUUUACGCGACUGCCGUAAGGGUCCUGAUAUACCUUGGAGAAAACCCAGAAGACGAGGAUGCUACGACUUCAGCUCCAUGGAACUUCGAUGUGUGGAACUCAAGAUCAUUGCCUAAAGACAAAGAUCUUACGCAAGAGCCAUAUUUCAAGAGAGUUUGGAUUAUUCAAGAAAUCGCUGCAGCGAAAAACCCAUGGGUUCUUUUUGGGACGAAAGGAGACCGAUGGUUUGAUUUUCCCCGUCAAAUGGAAGAGAUCAAGAAACGAGUUGGUAGAUUAAACCAGCUCCACCAACAGCAACAUUGGUUUCACGUGCUUCCUCAAGGGAAGCUCAUGGACCUGCAAGAGCUUCCAAAGCUCUUACAAGCUACACUUCAAUGUCAGGCAACGGACCCACGAGACAAGGUCUACGCUUUGCUAGGUCUCUUUCAAGGAGCAAAACAAGCGCAAUUGAUAGCGGACUACUCGCUCAGCCUGGAACAAGUAUUUAGCGGCUUGACUGGUUUCAUGCUCUGUCAAAGUCCAGCUUUCAUGCUGCCAAUCUUUGCAGCACUGCGACCAUCAACCUCGUCUCUGCCUACCUCGUGGGCUAUUGACUGGUCGUCCGCCAUCGCCUUGAAUAGUAUGGGACCGUACCUACCUCAAGCAGCCUCGCAAACCUAUCUUCCUAGCGAACUUGGUUAUAGUCCUCGCUUCCAUCGCAAUGGUACUUUGAUACUUCGAGGGCGGCUCUCAUCUUAUCUUUCAGACUGUCUUUUUGACCCCGAGUCUCAAAAGCGCCCUCAAGGAGUCUUAAAAGGUGACAUUUACCGCAUGAUAGAGACCUACCACGCAGACUCCAUACCUUACCGGGCCGAGUCGACCGACGAAAUGCUACAAAUCAGAGGACUGCAGGGCCAUGCUUUGGUGCUUCGACCCGUCGCCACGCUCCCCAAGACAUAUCGUUUUGUGGCUAUUGCAAAAAGGCUUAAAGCUGGAUGUCUAGCUGAGUUGAUCAACUAUUUUGAUUGCAAGGUGAUACUUCUCUUCUCAACCUGGCAGUACGUGCUCAAAGCAGCGAGCGAUGGAGAACCCUGGUUUCAAACAUUUACAUGGGACACAAUCAAAGACAUAUGCUGUGAAUUGAAGCGUGCGGGAAAGCGGAAAGCUGAUGAAGAGUACCCAUCGGAUCUGGCUCUUGGGGGUCGCCUGCGAGACCGGGUCAGAAGCUACAAUGAGACUUGGAAGAUUUUGAGUAAAUCGAACCUGAGCACCACAUCGGACCAGAUACCAACCAGAUGGUCAACACUCGGUGAGCUGAGAAGAGCGAACCGCGCUUUUGAAGAAUCAGUGGAUAUUGCGCAGAAGUUACAAGAGGAGUCAAGAGUCCUGUCAAUUUUUGGUUGGGAGUACGGAGCUGUCCCGAACAGAAAUAAGUCAGGUCGCCGCGAAAUCCCUUGGAAACCGAGCUAUCUCACGGAUGGUCUCAUUCCAACCUUCCUUGAGGAAUUGUCAUAUAUCUGCCGAUAUGAGUACAGGCAAGAAGUCUUGGACAUUCCUUCACAAGAGACUUUUGUCAAAACGCUUCUGAGUCAAGGGCUGGAUCAAAAGAUUAUUACAUGCGCAGCAAUGGAACCGAAUUUUGAAAACGUAUCUCGACUCCAGCAGAGGUUCCAACGAAGCCCUGUACCGUGGGCGUACGAUUUUUUGAAUCUAGAAGUCGAGGAUUCUCCUUGGAAGAGUCAGUCAUGGGGGGUCUUCGCGAAGUCCUAUCACUAUACGUGGGCGGCCAAGUUCAUUACAUCAUGGACCGUCCUGGCAAAUGAGAAGACUCUCAGCUCUAACCCUCCGCCCUCUAACAUUGCUGAAGAAGGACAUGGUAGUUCGAACGGAAUUUGGUCCAUAGGGAAUUUCAUGUGGGCAAUAUUGGACAGCCUUUUUACAACCACUGAGGUAAAGCCGGCACCCUUGGAUCUUGUGAAUGAAUUAAAAUGGGAGCCGCUGCUUGAUCUUGUGAGAGAGACAGAGGCGCGGCUUCUUCCUCUGGAGGAAGCAUUCACCCGUACUGAUGAUACGUACGACGAAGAUAUGAAGGGUGUCCCUUUGGAGGAUAUCCGUAUCAUUUGAUUGGACGCAGACUCCCACUUGGAUAGCUUAUUUGCGUAGGUCAAUCUACGUACGACGGAUGGGAUACAGAGAACAUCUUCUUGAGACAAAUUCUUACGGCUAAGACCGCACUCACUAGUUACACACGAAAGUGUAGGUCUUCGGUAGUUGAGUGGUUGUACGGAUCGGGCUUGGUUGUUCUUCG